AUGCAGGACGCAGAGGACAAUAACGAUGAUUCCUUUGUAUUGAUUGAAAAAGCAAAGGAGCACCAGGAAUAUGGAGAAUCGAUAGCAAUGAGCGACGCAAAGGAUCCAAGAAAGUGCCAACCAUUCUUGGAUAGUCUGAUUCUAGCUCUUGUCAAACGAGAAUCGGCACUGGGAAAGUAUACCUAUGAAACGGCACAAACCUAUGCUUCUAUGGGAAAGCUAUACUUUCAUAUGCAUCAUCCAAGGGCGGCAGUGAUGUUUCGUGCCAGUUUUCGGAUCGAAUACUUUCUGUACGGUAAAUGCAGCGGUCGAAUUGCCGGAGAUUUCAAGGGCUUUCUCUUGGAAAGGGGCCUCUCAGACAAUGACACUGACGCAAUUCGGAAAGAUAUAGUAAUUUCAGCCAGAUAUGAGGUCGAGGGGGACAUUUUGCGACGGUUUGGGGAUCGAAGAGCCGCCGCAAUGGAAUAUCAGAAGGCAGCACGAAUUGAAGAGCUGGCAUUUGGCAAGGACAAUCCAGAUCUUGCGUUUCUAUGGCGCAAGAUGGCAUGUCUUGCAUCCAUUCGAAAAGCAAAUAUGCAUAUUGUGGACUUUGACGAGUGCGAUCGACUUGGAUCCAAGUGGAUAAAUGAAGCGCAAGACCAUAUUUCCAGUUCAGUUUCUGCUGGAAUCACCAAGGGGGACAAGUAUUACCAGUCGCUUCUCUACGGAAAAGCAACCAGAGAAUAUGUCAAGGCUGCGUUGGGCGAUAAACCAAGACCAAUUCUAAAACCAAAACCUCGACGAAACAACGCCAACCGUCGAACUUCCACUGAAGGCGCAUCGGUGCAACAAGAGCUUCAAAACAUGAUUGCUCCUACUACUAGUAGCAACUCAUCGGUACAAUCACGACCGCGUCGAGUACAGUCGGGCCCUCCAGUCAAUACGAAACCGCAGAACGCUUUCAACAAGACUGUUGGCUCUGAAAAUGUUGCAAUCAAGGUGUCAGCCGACGCAGUUCCUUUGUCGGCAACACAAAGUGUUGGCACAGCAUCACAGGAUUCAUCACUACAUUCCAGGAGACUCAACAAUAACAUUUCACAGCAGCAAACCAGAGACUUGGAGGAAAAGAGCGAAGACUUUGAUACAGUUGCAGUUGCGUCGUCGGUAGCAACAUCGGAUGACGGUUCUUGGUAUUCUGAGAAUUUGGAGCAGCAGGAUGCCGCGAAGCAAAAAUCUUCUUUGGAAACCAAGCAACGGCCCUUCUUGGCAACAUCCCUCUACGAGAUGGUUUCGAAGAACUCGUCCAGAGCGCUUGGGGACACUGGAUCAAAGAAACCCAAGUCAGAGUCAGCUCUUCGAUACAUGACGAUCAAGCCCGCCACAAAGUUUGCCAAUCGAGCCAUGAAUAAACUUCGAAAGAAAAAGAAGGGGACUCCAAUAUCAGAACGGGUCUUGAAUGCGCCAGAAGGAAGCAACUACGCGACAUGGAGUUCGACACCUCCAACAGAUCUAGCAAGAGGAGGAAAUGCCGAAAACAUGAAAGAGGCUAGCUCCGUGGACUCCAAUUCCAAUUUGCGCCCUCCCACCAAAGCUUUGCACCAAAAUGGAAUGCCAGUGAUUACUGAGAUGAGUAGCCCCGAGAGUUCAUCCUCACCAACCGAAAACGAAAUUCCAUCUGCGUCAAUGAGAAGCAGAUCACGCUCACGUUCCCAUUCACGUUCACGAAGAACCGUGCCUGGUCAAAGUGCUCGACGAUUUUCUUCGGAAUCCUUCUCGGAAGAUAUGAUGAUGGGUGAGAGUAACCACAAACCAAGAUCGUCCUCCCGCCGGCAACAAGCUCCUCGACGAUUCUCUUCGGAAUCCUUCUCGGAAGAUAUGAUGAUGGGUGAGAGCAGCCACAAACCAAGAUCAUCCUCCUCUCGACGGCAGCAAGCCUUGGAUCGUGCAAAGGCUGCUACCGAACACCGUCCCCACCAGCAACAACAACAACAACAAAGACAACCAAGGCAGCGAGUAUUCAAGAAAGUCAUUCCUACUUCCAAUUACAACCAGCACCAACAAAGGGAUGUAGACCGUCUCGCCAAAGUGGGGGGAAGUGAGAAUCCCUUUCUUGUCUUUGAAGAUCCAAGCAAUUCCAGUUCGAGUCCCUCACCAACAGGAUUGAGUAAGCGUCGAUAG